AUGGACGCCUUUGGACGAAUGCCAACAAUGCUGCUCGCUGUGGGCAGCUCUGCUGUCAUGCGCCUGUCGGUGGCUGCGCUGCCCUCACUCAGGCUCUACAUCUUCUACCGGGUCAUCGUUGCCAUCACUGCAAAUGCUUGGUUUGGUGCGAGCGCCGCCAGCAUCAGCGAUGUCUUCGGUCGGGGCAGCGUGGCCUUCGCAGAAGCGACAAGCCGAGUUCAGCGCUUUGCUUUGCUGGCCAUGCUGGCCGGCACCUACACUGGGCGCUUUGUCAAGGAGCCACAGCGCGCUUUCGCAGCCGUGGGCUUCAUGCAGCUACUGGCAGCAGGGUGCGUGGGCCUUUGCGUCACAGCCCCUCAGCUCGAAGAAGCAGCGGCGGAGUGUAGGAACACGGUGAGCCCCCUCACUUCCCUGUCUUUCUUCCGGAAGAGCAGAGCCCUCACAGCGCUGGCGGUGUUGUCCACCGUGAUGGAGCUGCCUUCACACGUCAACAUCGAUGCCGUGUAUCGCCGCCAGAAGUUCGGCGCGGGAUGGAGCAACGAGCAGGACUCAUCUCAGAUGGUGGCUCAGCAGAUUUCGGGCGUCCUCAGCACCUUCUUCCGCACCCGGCUGAUCGCAAAGCUCGGUCAGCAAGGGGCUUGCCGAGUUGACGCCUGGUGCACGGUCCUCAUGAAUCUGAACAAUGCCCUGGCCUGGCAUCCAAGACUUCUGUACUUGAACCCGCUCUUGAGCGUGUCGUACGGCUGCAAGGAGGGUCACGAGCAAAGCACGCUCUUGGACUCUUGGGGGCAUGGGCUCUUGGUUCUCCUUUCAAAGACAAGGCCGUGCGGCGACAGUUGCAGCCUUUGA